AUGACCAUUUUAUGGUGUGUAAGUACAGAGGAUAGGAAUAACUCAGAAAAGUUGACACUUGCUGUCCUCUCUCAUUUGCCUACUGCUGUACUUUAUGUCCACGAUCUAUCUGGAGAAUGUGGGACUUCACCUUCUGAUCAGUUUGUCAUUUACAAGGAAAUACGGGAGAGAUUCCUCGACCAUCUUUGGCUUGAUGUUGUCUCUAAAUGUGAUCUGCUUCAAGAGUCUCCUGUUGUCUUCAUCACGGAAGCUGGUAAUGUUGAUCAUCUGGAGCUGGCAAAGUAUCGUGAGGUGGGACCUGAUGGAGCUUUCCGUGUAUCAGUUAAGAGUGAAGUUAGUAUUGAUGAGGUUCGUCUCUUGGCUUCAACUUCUUGA